UUUCUAUAUUUAUAUAUAUAUUACUGUUUCUCAAUCGAAACUUCUGGAAAGUUUCAAUAUCUUCCCGCAGCUUUUCGCGAGAUGGCUCCUGCGGCGGAGCCGGCCGAGGAACGGGCGGCGGAUGGGCAGCAGCGGGCGCUGCCGACGCCGUUUCUGACGAAGACGUACCAGCUGGUGGACGACCCCGAGAUGGACGACGUGAUCUCGUGGAACGAGGACGGGUCGACGUUCGUCGUCUGGCGGCCGGCGGAGUUCGCACGCGACCUCCUCCCAAAACACUUCAAGCACAACAAUUUCUCCAGCUUCGUUCGCCAACUCAACACCUACGGAUUUCGGAAGAUCGUGCCGGAUCGAUGGGAGUUCGCCAACGAUUACUUCAGGAGAGGCGAAAAGCGCCUCCUCCGCGAGAUCCACCGCAGGAAGGCCGUUACGGUGGCGCCACAGCCGGCCCCUGCCGCCGCGGCGAGCAGGAUGACGGCGCUGGUAAGCCGAGCCAGAUCGCCGACGUACUCGGGGGAGGAGCAGGUGCUGUCGUCCGACUCCUCUUCCGGGCCGCUUCCCACGGUGGCCGUGGGUCCCUGCGGCGUCGCGGAGCUGGGGGAGGAGAACGAGCGGUUGAGGAAGGAGAACGAGCGGCUCGCCCGGGAAGUGGCGCAGAUGAAGAGCCUGUGCGGCCAGAUCGCGUCGCUGAUAUCGAGGCACGUGUCGGGCCGGCAGGAAGGUGGCGGAGGUGCUGAGGCGGCUCCGUUCCUGGAGCUGAUGCCGGCGAGACCUGGGGCGGAGGAGGCGUUCUACAACGAGGUCGAAGAGGAGGAGGACGUGAAGCCGGAGGAUGCCACGUCCGAGGAGGUGCCUCCCUCCCCGCCGGGAGCGAGCCCGAGGCUCUUCGGGGUGUCGAUCGGCGUGAAGCGGCCUCGGUCGGAAGACGGCGAUGGCCCGCCGCCGAUGUUGAAGCCGGGGCCAACGGAAUCGGCGGGGCUGGACCCUAACGAGGUUUAUCCAGAGCGCCGCCCCCAGCAUCCGCGGGUGAUCGACUGCCCCGAGCCGACGCGGAGGGCGUGUAACGUACCAGACUGGGCCGAUCGCAGCGGCGAAGAGCGCGACGACGAGGCGCGCACGUGACGCGAGCGGGCCGUCACGUGUUCCGAUGUUACACGGAAGCUAAGGAAAAAAAAAAAGCUAAUGAAUUAAUUUAGAAUAUAUUGUAGGUAUUUAAUUUAUAAUAUAAUAUUGUUUACUUUAGGGCUA